CCAAAAAGCAAACAGCGGUCCUUUUCCAUCGGAAAAUUACAACCACUAUGUGAAAUCUGUUUUAUGAACAUAGAACUUCAUUCCAAUAAAUUUCCACUGUCAUGUGAUUUUUGAUUUGCACGAUAUCUUUUGUUGAGGAAAAAAACUGGAGAAAAAAGAGUGAGCUGGUCUCCCAAUUUUCAAUGAGUUAAACCUUUCAGAAAAAGAUAUAAAAAGGCAAAUCCAAAUCCAAUUUUAUACACUAAAAAUCAGCUUGUAGUAUCAAUUUUAUACACUGAAAAUAUGCUUGUAGCAUCAAUUCCCCUGCUUGUGCUUUGUGAUGUUAGAAUAAGCAAGUGUUUGUUUGGAACAAUGUUGUGUUUAGUACCAAACUUUUGUACUUAUUUAAUUUUUUUUAAUUUCAUGUUGUGGUUAAAUAUUUCAAGAUUGUUCUUGAUGGAGAAAGGAGAAGAAAACACAUCUACUAGGCGAUCGCUGUUCUUUUCUUAAAGUAGUACUUAUAUGAAUACCCCAAAUUUGAGAGAUGAUGAGGAAGUAACUGAUGAUCAUGAGGUUUUAGAACCAACACCGGGAAAUGAUGAUGAUGAUGGGAUUGUAGAGCCAACGCUUGGGAAUGAGGAUCAUGGGGUUUUAGAGCCAACGCUUAAGAAUGUUGAUGAUGGGAUUUCAGAACCAACAUCGGGGAUGUUUUUUAAAACUGAGCAAGAACUCAUUGACUACUAUAAGCAAUAUGGGAAACAGACUGGAUUUAAAAUAAUGACCCAAAGAAGUAGAAGAGAAAAGGAUGGGAGUGUUAGAUAUGUAACAAUAGGUUGUGCUCAUGGUGGUAAGGCGAGGAACCGUAUUACCAACCUUUCUAAACCACGCCCAACGACGAAGACCAAUUGUAAGGCGAAGAUUAAUGCAAUCUUUGUUGAUGGUGUCUUAUGCAUAACUACUGUUCAAAAUGCACACAACCAUGGUCUAAGUCCACGAAAGGCAAAAAAUUUUAGAUGCAAUCAAGCUAUUGAUGAGAACGUAAAGAGGCAGUUAGAUAUUAACGACAAGGCAGGCAUGGGUAUGGCCAAAAAUUUUAACACAUUGGCUGUCGAAGCUGGUGGAUUUGAGAGACUUCCAUUUAUUGAGAAAAAUGCAUGGAAUUAUAUUGACAAGGCUCGACACCUUAGACUUGGAAAAGGAGGUGCUGAUGCACUUUGUGGUUAUUUUGAGAGAAUGCAAUAUAAGAAUAAUGGGUUUUACUCAUUGAUGGAUUUUGAUGAUGAUGGACGAUUACAAAAUGUCUUUUGGGCCGAUGCACGUAGUAGAGCAGCGUAUGAGUAUUUUGGGGAUGUUGUGACGUUUGAUACAACAUACCUAACGAACAGAUAUGGCAUGCCAUUCGCAUUGUUUGUUGGUGUUAACCACCAUGGACAAUCAAUACUGUUGGGAGCAGGUUUGAUAUCAAGUAAAAAUAUUAGAACUUUUGUUUGGUUGUUUGAGACUUGGUUGAAAUGUAUGGAUGGGAGAGCGCCAAAAGCUAUCAUAAGUGAUCAAGACAAGACCAUAAAAAAUGCUAUUGCAAUAGUCUUUCCCAACACCCGGCACAAAUACUGUUUGUGGCACAUAAUGCGAAAACUGUCAAAGAAGUUGGGCUUACAUGCUGAAUUUAAGUGUGGUUUGAAGAGUGCAUUGCAAAAAUGUGUUUAUGAUUCUCAGACUUCUGGCGAGUUUGAGAAGUCUUGGGAGGUGUUUCUUAACACUUACAAUUUGCACAAGAAUACAUGGCUUCAAAGUCUCUAUAGUGAGCGAAUGUAUUGGGUUCCUGUAUACCUGAAAGAUACAUUCUGGGCUGGGAUGAGCACAACUCAGAGGAGUGAGGGCAUGAACGUCUUUUUUGAUGGAUUUGUACAUUCAGAUACUACGUUAAAAGAAUUCAUUGAUCAAUUUGACAAUGCACUGAGGAAGAAAGUAGAGAAUGAGAUGGCAGCGGAGUUUCACUCAUUUAAUGCCACAGUCCCAUGUAUAUCUCAUUUACCCGUGGAAAAGAAAUUUCAAGAAGUGUACACGAAUUCUAAGUUUAAGGAAGUGCAGGCAGAAGUAAUGGGAAUUAUCUAUUCUCAUUGCGUUCUCAUAAAAACGGAAGGGGUGAUUACAACAUAUCAAGUUAAUGAUCAAAGGCAAGUUGAAGAUUGCAUCAAACGAUCAACUUUGCUGGCAUACUUUAAUGAAGAUGAGUGCGAAGCGAAAUGCAUGUGUGGACUAUUUGAGAUGAGAGGAAUUAUAUGUAGGCACAUUCUUGCAAUUUUCGUCGCAAGGGAUGUUCGAGUGUUGCCAGAAAAGUACAUUAUGGACAGAUGGAGGAAGGACAUUAAACGUAGAUAUGCUCUCAUUCGAAGCAGUUACGAUGACUUGAGUGGUAAACCAGCUGCUAGUAGGUACUCUAGUUUGAUAAAAAUAUGUUACGAAGUAGCCACAAAUGCAGCAGAAAGCGAAGAUAAAACCCUAGACAUGACACGGAAGUUACAGGCAGUGAAUUUGAUUUUCACUAAAUCAAAAUCUCAGGCCACAAUUGCAAAUACACAACAAAGCGUUAUUUCUCAGGUGGACUACCAAUAUCAUGGCCCUCUCAAGGAUUGAUGAGAAGAAGUUGUAGACUGCUGCAAUUUGGCUAUUUUAAGAGAGUGCUCGCAGCAUCUGCCACGAAUCUCUUUAUCAACGACCAUCUUCAAGAAAACAUAUUGCGCGCUCGCUUGGCCUCAUCUAGAACAAUAUUGCUUACAAAUGUAUUCGGCUUGUGCUUGGUUUUCAAACUUGAGAGAGAAUAUAUGUUUAUUAGUAUCUAGGCUAGUGUAUCUUUGUAUUAAUAAUUAGACAAAGCUAUUAUACAUUCCUAGAUUUUGUAAAUAUUUUUUGUUUAAAUGA